UUUUAAUAAUUCUCCCGGGAAACACAAAAUAACAAAAUGGCGCCGGUGAAAAUAAAGUACAUCGUUUCAUUUUCAUCCCAGGAUGACAACCACAAAGCAAGUAACCUGAUCACAAGUGAUGGCUUCAAACGCUGGUUGUCUAGCUCCAAAGACCGUAGUGGGAAGAUAGAGCUUGUGCUUCAACUGGAUGAACCCUGCCAGCUGGCUUAUAUUGACAUUGGUACGGUGUGGUGUGCGAGCGUAGAAGUGCGUGUGGGCUGCUCCGACUGGCCACAGAGCGCAGAGUUCGAAUCUCUCACCCCGACGACGACUCUGAUGUCGCCCGUGGACUGCCAACUGAGCCGAGCCACCAACAGCACAAAAAUGUUCUCAAAGAGUGAUUUUUCAACGGCUGUCGCUAGUCAGAAGUGGGAUCGGCUCCAGGUCAUCUGUCGACAGCCUUACCGGAAAGACGUGCAGUUUGGCGUUUCUUUCAUUCGCAUCAAAAGCAGCAAUCAGAGUCAGCCAGAUACAGUUUCCCAGAACAAAACUACCGGCUUGAGAACCCCAACAGGCAAGACUUCCACGCCCAACGUGACGGCCAUUCAGAAACAUUUCUUUGGAGGAAGCAAGAGCGUGGAUCAGCUGAAAAAGGAGCACGUGGGUCAGCUGAAGCACAAGUUACUCAAAAUGUCCGGCAGCUCAGAAGGAGGCUGCGAGCAAGAACAAUCCCUCUCCCGCACGGCUCAGAUCGUGAUGAAAGCUUCUGAGUCUGCCGGUCUGUUCAGUCCGUCUGCGAGACGCUACUCUCCAACACCCCAUCGACGAUUGUUCUCAGAACAUCUGGCCAAAAAACAGUCAGUACCGAUUGAAAAAGAAAUGGAGCAUUUCUUUCCAACCCUAGAGGUGUCAAAAUGUGAUAUAGAUCAAGUCACUGUUGCAGAUUUGCGGCAUAAAUUCGAGAGGAGGAUAAAAAGGAAACUGACAAUAGAGGAGAAACGAACUUUUUCAGAAGUUUGUCAAAAUUACAUCUGUGGUUUAUUUGAUUCAAAUCCUGGUGAGAAGGAAAGCACAUCUAUCUUUGACCUUCAACCCCCUGAGAACAUAGCUACGGUCAAAAGGUCGUCGAUGUCUGAGAACAUAGCUGCCGUCAAAAGGUCAUCGGCGUCUGAGAAUGUAGCUGCGGUAAAAAGGUCAUCGACGUCUGAGAACAUUGCUAUGGUCAAAAGGUCACCAGCGUCAAAGGUCAGUUCAGUCAGUGCAGCUUCUCCCACCUUAUCACUGCGUGCUGGUAAAGACGACGAUACAUUCACUGUUGUGAAACCCCCGAUAGACAAGUCCAAGUCUCCCGUUGUGAUUUCUAAGUCAGCCGCAAAACCUUCACCUUCUCCUGUUGGUGGAAAUAAAGUCGGUUCAAAAAUGAUGAACAUAUCUGCGCUGAAGUCCCCUCUGUCAGUGUUAGUUAAACCUGUGAUUGGUGCUAAAUCAAACGUUUCUGAUACAAACAAAGACGAUAACAGUGAUGAUAGUGAUCUGAGUGGCGGCGUCGAUGAUGUGGAAUCUUUAUCAAGUGUCUCGUACCACGAAGAUGACGAUGGAAUUGACUGUGAUGUUUCUGACACUCGGAUUUCGGAGAAAGCUGACCCAUCAGCCCCUUGCAGAACGCUUGCGGAAGUGAAUCGAUCGUACGCCAAACUGUAUGGGGAAGGGGUAGUUCUUGAUUCCUCCAAACCGAAGAGCUACGGUGAUGAAAAAGAACGUGUUUGCACAAAAAGUCCAGAUGCUAAUGAAGACAAUCUUAUUCUGUCUGAACCAAAGAAAAAGAAGCGCAGGAGGAAACAAAAUGACAAUAAGAAAAAGGGGCGAGGAAAGCGAAGGAAACUCAAUCAGGAUAGUUUGGAUUUGCUCAAAGAUUUUUGCUCUUUGAUAAGCAGUGAGGAGGAGGACACCGACUCUCAAACGAUGACGCAAUCUCUGACCCCUGGCAAGAAAAUCAACGACAGGAAGUCAACUUGUGAUGCUGAGUCAAAAAUAGUUGAGAAUAAUGCUGAAGAUAGCCAGAUGACCCAACAGCCCAAACCCUUCACGGAGGUCACAACAACCAGAAUAAACAGACGUGCCGACAGCCCCGGGGGAAGAGUCUACCGGAUGUACUCAUCUACUACCAAAUCAAAAAAGUCGAACAGGCAUUCAGAAAACGAGCUUGCUGGCGAACUUUCGGGAUUUGUGAUGAGGGUCGGUGAGGACAAAAGUGAGGAUAUCGCAAACGACGUCAGUGAUGCGUUAUCCCUGAAGAGGAACAAGAACAGAAAAUUUGGGGGAAACGUGUCAUUUCCCAAAACGUGUGAUCAAAACAAUCGUUUAAAUCGGAGUUCUGAGCUUCAGGACAGCCCGUGGAGAGCCGAGUCAGAUUGUGCAGGGGGAGAUCGCGGAAGAGGAAGGAGAGGAUCUGAGGCGUCUGGACGAGGGCGUGGAAACAGGAAGAGGGGAAGGAAGUCUGCUGGCAGAGGCAGGGGCAAGUCGCAGGUAGAAGAGUCAGAAGACAGAACCAGCAACGAUGAUGUUCAGACAUUCUGCGACAAAUGCUUCGAGUUCUUUCCCGACGACUUUUUUCCGCAUCACUACUUGCUGUGCCAGGCUGGUAGAACCCACGCCACAGAUGCUAUAGGUCAAGGUCACCCACGGGACGAGUACUUGAUCGACGAGGACGUGGACUACGCUGAGUGCCCGAUAUGUCUCCGCAAGUUCCCUCAGGACGUCCUCACGGUCCACGCCAGCGAGUGUGGCCUGUGAUGGGGCCUCGGACGUUACUAUGAUGACUUUGACGAGACACUUUACGGUUUACCGCAAGGUUCUUCCCUCCGCUGGCAUUCAUUGCUCUCCCACUUAGUCACUUACUCUUCAAUAAAGCAGAUUUAUUUUU